AUGCUUUUGCUAUACGAUCAAUCGAAACGUAUUAAAGCAUCGAAGCAUAUCGUAAUUAUUAAGAGAAGUGAUGCUAGUAAUAGCGUUGCUAAUGAUAGCGUUGCUAGUGAUAGCGUUGCUAAUAAUAGCGUUGCUAGUGAUAGCGUUGUUAGUAAUGGCGUUGCUAGUAAUGGCGUUGCUAGUGAUAGCGUUGCUAGUAAUAGCGUUGCUAGUAAUAGAAUUACUAGAAAGGUGUUGCUUAAAGGAUAUUGCUAG